AUGAAGGGGGAUAAUUGGCAAUGGAGAAUUGGUCAGCAUCAGGUAAGGAUCGAUAACCCUAACACAAGAAUGAAUGGAGAUAGGACUAGGAACGGAAAUCUCAAGAGUCUUGAUGAUAUAUCAGUGAAUGUAUACGUGACUAACUUCCCAGAUUCUUUGAAAACUAAAGAUUUAUGGAGGUUAUGUGAAAGACAUGGGACUGUAACUGAUGUGUAUAUUGCCAAGAAAGUUUCAAAAACGGGAAGGAGAUUUGCAUUUGUUAGAUUCUUGAAAUCAAAGGAUCAUGCACAUGUUGUUGAAGAUUUAAACCGAAUUUGGAUAAGAAAUCACCAUGUCUUUGCUUCCUGGGCAAGAUUUAGUAGGAAGGAAGGAGGUAGAAAGGAGGAAAUUCAUUAUUCAGCAGAAGGUAAUAGAAUGGAAAAUAGAAAGGAGCAAAUCGGAAGGAAUGAAGGCCAAGUUAAGUCUUAUGCUGAAGUUGUUAAUAAUAAGCAAGUUGUUAAUAAUAAGCAAGAUUAG